AUGACAAUGACCCAUAUUCAAUGGGAUAAAAUGGAUAACUAUGUUGGAAAUGGCAAUGUUGACAGUUGGGUGCAUAACUUCGGAACACCGACAUUUUCUUUUGAUCAAUGGCUACUGAAAUCUGAAAGUAAUCGACAACAAUUUAUUCAUUUGAGACAAUUUAUGACAAAUGAUUUGAGCAAGACGAUAACGAAUGAAAACCUUUCGCGUCAACAAUUGAAAGAUCGAAUGGGUUUCAUUGCAAAAAAAAUGAUUGAACGUAAUGAUGCAUUGACAAAUCUAUUGAAACAACAUUAUCCGAAUCAUAUUCGUCUGUCGAUUCAUCAACAUCCCAGUGACGGAGAAAAGUUUACAAUUCGAUUUUUCACCGAUAUCGUCUCUGGACCUGAUGAGGGAUGCGCUCCUCGCACACCUUGGCACAAUGUUUUAGUAAUCAAUGUUGAAGGAACUCUAACGUUGAUGCCAUACAGAAAAUUGAACUUAAACACCGAACACAUUCCAAUUACGUUCAAAGAACAGGUAUGGUGCUUUCUCAAGUUGCCAUGUGACACGCCCAGUUCAAUUGCAUCAACGUUGAAAAUAAUGUUACUUGGAAACUCGCCACGCUUCGGCCUAUGGAUUGAUUGUUGUAAGAAAGUUGAUGUAUUGCAGUUGAGUGUUGCUUGGAUGAAGAUGUUAUUGGGGAAAUUCGGUUUUCUCGUUCUUCGUCAACCUCAAAACUCUCUUAAUAAAGACAAUUAUUCGAAAUUUUGCGAACAAUUUGCUCCACCGGUUACGUGGAAGUCCGGUUCGUUGCUUGAAAUCAAACCUGAGACAACACCUACGAGUAGCCAUUCAUCACGUGACCCAUUGCCAUUACAUUUUGAUUUGUGUUUUUCGCCAGAAUGCUUACAAAAAAAAGGGUCUUACAAUGAUUAUGUGGCACAAUAUUUUAUGCUCUACUGUAUUAAAGCAUCUCAUCCUCAUGCCAAUGACAAAACAACACUUGUCAACGGACGUUUAUUACUCGAAUCGAUCGAUGAAAAAAUGAUCAAGCACUGGAAAACCAUUGAGAUUACAAGUUCUAUGCCACUGUCAUACUAUGAAGGACAAAACUAUAUCUAUCCCAUAAUUAUGUCACAUCCAAAAACGAAUGAAAACAUCUUUCGAUAUUUAGAAAUGCCAAAUAGCAGCAUUCAACCAGUCAAAACCAAAUGUUCAAUAGAUAAGAUUGAUAUAGAUGCAACAGAAUAUCAAGAAUUCGAUGAAAUGAUGAAGAAGAUCAUGCGCGAUCCGAAGUGGUACAUGGAACACACAUGGAACGAUGAUGAUUUGGUAAUCAUUGAGAAUCAUCUCUUGCUACAUGGUCGAACAGCGAUAAAUGAGGAAUCGGAACGUGAACUAUGGUGCAUUCAAGUCUAUUAG